UUCAAAACGUAUAUCUGUAGACAUUUAUCUACAUUAUUUCAUUGUUUUUUUUUAUUUUGAAGUUGAUGUUCAGACGGCUUUUGUUACUCAUACUAAUGUUGCAUUUAUUUGCAGUGGUUUGACAAGGGUUGUGGUGUCUGUGAUGUCGAACAACGAUUUAAAAUCCAACAUUACCAAACAACAGAGCCCAGGCCUGCCUCUUUAGGAUAGAAAACAGGUGAAACAGCGUCUUGCAAAUAUGGCAAGCGGCAAGAGGGGAUAUAGCCGUGGGUACAACCAGGACCACCGUCCUCCCGGGCGUCCCCCGGCUAUGCAUUAUCAACAUGACAUGAUGAAUUAUGGUUUUCUUCAACGUUUCCAUGAUUACAAAGAGGAAGGUAAUGUAGCAAUGAAAAGUGGUAAUUACCAAGCUGCUUUUCAUUCGUACUCAUCAGCGCUGCAACAGGUGGAGUUGAUAAGCAGCGGAAUCACUGAGAGAGAUAUUGCUAAGGUGUUUUGCAACAGGUCGAUAGUAGAUUUAAAACUUCACUGCAUUGACCUAGCUUUCGAAGAUGGCAUUCAAAGUAUACGUAUGGAUCCACUGUGGGUAAAGGGAUACUGGAGAGUUUCAUGUGCCCUAAAGGAGAAAAAUGAACAAAUUCAGGCUGUCCAAGUAUUAGUUGAUGGUUACAGCAAAAUCACAGGGGAUAAUGAACUUGUUACCAAGGCUGAUUUCAUCAGAGAGAUAGCAACAUUGUCUUUGAAAGUAUGGCCAAAAACGCAGGCACUAUACUAUAAAUGCAGAGCGCCACUGAAUGUCUGGAGCAAGGUUGUAUUACAGUUAGCAAAACAGAAGGAAACUAAGGUUUUGCAUUUUGUGUUUCUUGGAGGCAGGACCAUGUCUGAAGGAAGAGGAGUGAGUGGUAUGGCAAUGAAUUGUGAUGCGUCACCUGUACAAUUAAAACCGCUCAUAAGAUCAAUGGGACCUUCAGAUCGAAAUCGAUAUGGAAUGGAUCUCAUGCUUGCUCUUAUCAGGCAUGGUGCAGAUUGGAAGGGACUCUCAAUCAAUAAUGGAGACACACCCCUCCAUGUUGCAUUGAAUCAUGGCAUGGAGAUAGCUGACUUUGACUUCUUGAAGUACCUAUUCCAACAUUAUGCAAAGACAAGAGAAGAACGAAGCCAAAUAGACAGUGAGGGUUCUACACUUCUCCAUCUUGCUGCAAAGCAGAAAAAGAAGCAGAGAGAAAAAGCUGUGAUCUUCCUUCUAAAUCAAAAUGUCGACCCAAAUGUGAAAGAUUGCAAUGGAAAGACACCUGCGGACUACGCUAAUGAUGACUGGAUGCUGGUUGGCAUGCUACGAACUUGGAUGCAAAAAAGUAAAAGUGUCAGCUCUUCAUCAAAAGUUAAAGGUGUUGGUACUGAGGCCACUAGCGAUGGUGUCACUAAGAAAAAGCAGCAGACAUUUUAUCAAAGUGGUCCUCAAGGUAGCGGUCAGGUGCCAGGUCCUACCGGGAUUCCAGAGAGGACACGACGCCCUUACUCUUCACAAAAUCCUACCGUGUUGCCGUCUAGAGAGGACACAGGGAGGACACAGCGCCCUUACUCUUCACAAAAUCCUACUGUGUUGCCGUCUAGAGAGAACACAGGGAGGACACAGCGCCCUUACUCUUCACAAAAUCCUACCGUGUUGCCAGAAAGGCCACGGCAUCCUUACACAUCACAAAGUCCUACUGUGUUGCCUGAGAGGGCACGCCGCCCUUACUCAGCUGCCAGUGUGAAACCUGUAUUUUCUCAGCCAAGAUCAAGCCAGAAAGCAUCUCACAAUCAGCAGUCUCAGCAGCAUCAACCAAAAUCUAAAACUAAAGUGAACCAAAAUGCGAAACAGCCAAAAAAACAGAAAGAUUACGAUCAAGCUCUUAAAGCAUUUUUCCAAUGUAUGGAAAACAAAAAUGCUAGUCUGUCAGAACUAGUUGAAAAGUGCAGACAAGAAGUUAUAAACACUCUAGAAUUGCCAGAUCUGAAAGAAGUAUCACAAGAGGUGAGGUGUUCUUUGGAUCCCUCCUAUUGGAAUCAAACCAUUCUGGAACUGCAAGAAUCUAAUCGUUGGAGGGUGCUGUUUUUCUUAUUAAAUGGUGGUGGAAAUGAUUGCGAGUAUGGCAUGGGUGGUGUUGCUAAAGGUUGCGAUGUUUCAAAGGUGUCAAUCCUUAAGUGUCUGAAAUCAAAAACUGAAAAUGUUGAGAAACUUAAGGUUAUCAAAUCUCUACUGGAGAAUGGUGCAAAACCAAAUGGACUGCCAGACGAAGAUAUAUCGCCAGUUAAAUACUGCCUUCUAGUGAACAACAUAAAAUACUAUACUAUCAUUACUGCAUUGAUAAGAAAAGAAGCAAGACCAGAAGAUCUGAUUGUUGUUGCUGGUGAUAGUCCUUUACAUUCUGGCCUUAGAAUGUGCUUGAAAUAUAAAGAUAGGAAAAUGGAUCUUCUGAAUGUUCUGUUGGAGAAGUACUCUAAAUCAAAAAAUGAUCAGUAUCUAGACCCAACGGAGACAAAUAUGGAUGAUGAUGAUUCACUGUUUCAUAUUGCACUUAAUGAGAAAGACGAAGCCUUGUCCUUAGAGGCGGUAAAGCUUCUCUCCAAGAACAAAGUGAACCCAUACUUGAAGAACAAAGCCGGUAAAAUACCCAUUACCCAGAUUAAGAAAACAGACAGAAGAUACCAAUUCCUUGAAGAGGCAGCACGUCACCAUCCCAAGAAAGGAAAAAAAGGUCCUAAGAAGCAGAAAGGUCCUGCCAGAAGUGGUGAAGGUACAGAGAUGUCGCCUGAUGUUUCUCCAUUUCAUACUCUGGGUUCAUUACCAAAAACUAAACAUGAAAAGAAAGGGAAAGUCCAAACACCUGGCAUAGACAAGCAGGAAUUGAAAAGAAAAAUUGCUUUGCUAAUUAAAAAUGUCCUACCCGUAAUUAAGCCAGCUAAAUCUGAAAACAAAAAGAUGCAAAAACAGAGAGAGACUAAACGCCAUGUUCAACAGGAGGACGAUGAGGAGGUUGAAAAUGAUGAUACCCAUGAUAAAGUUGGAGCACAGAAGAAACCUGAAAGUCAAGAUCUUGAAGAUUUGGAAGCUGCAGAUCUGCAAGAAAUAGAUUCCACUGUCUUUGAUAAUUUGGUAUGGGAAGUUGAAUGCACAGCAAAGGUGUGGAAAUUCCUGAGAGACCGCCGUGUCCCAGAAAAAAUUAGGAAAGCUGUGGUCAACAAGAUACAACGUCUUGGGGAAGGCAACUGGUCAAAAAGCCUUGCAAAGUCUCUCAAAUGUGAUCAUAUCUAUCUAUAUGAGGUAAAGGUGACCAGUGGUGGCAGGAUCCUCUGGCAGAAGGCUAUUGCAUUUUCACCAAAGCGCAGUGUUGUGCCAGAAGAAAGACUUGCAGAAAAUAAAAAUGAGUUUGGAGGGAUAGAGGGUGGACGUAUAUACGCUGAUGUUAUUCGUGUUUGGGACGUGGUUUUGGACCAUGAUAACGUACAACACGCAAUAGAUGUGAUUGUGAAGUCUGUCGAUCGAGGUCAGGAUUGUAUUCUCCAGAAGAAACUGCGAGGCAUCAAGAAAAAGUUCAUUAGACAAGAAAUGAAGAUUCCAAAUUUGUACCAAGAAAUACUGUCAGAAGAUGUCUCUGAAUCCCAGGCAGCUACGAAAAAGCAGGAUUUCUUCCCGCCAGCUAGUUCAAAGGAAACCGAGUACCACAUUAUGAAGUUCUACAGCUUCAGUUCGAAUCUUGUCAACAACAUCCUACACGACAGUAAUACACGAGUUGAUUUCCCAUUCCGUGUAACAGAGAAGGAGCAUGCCAUCAUUCAUAUUAACCCAAAGCCACCAUGUUCCCUCUUACUUCUUGGACGCAGUGGUACAGGAAAGACAACAUGUUGUCUUUACCGACUUUGGUCAUCCUUUGUGGCGUACUGGAACAAUGCUGCAAGUGAUGGUGAACCACGAAUCCCACGUGAUUUCUGUUUCCGUCAUUCUAAAGAUGCUGAUGAGGAAUUAGAUGAUGAAACUGAUGAUUCUGAGAUGUCAGAAAGUGCUGAAGCAAAUCUAGAAGGUAUUGAAGUGGGAGAAGCUGCGGCAUCACCUGAUCCAGAGGAUACAGAUGAGGAAGAGAACGAAAUUGUGUAUGAUCAUCUCCACCAAAUAUUCAUCACAAAAAACAGAGUCUUAUGUAGUGAAGUACGGAAGAAUUUUCGUGAAUUGGCGCAUGGUUGUGACAUAGCAUCACACUACCUGAAGGCUGAAGACCAACAACAUCCUCAUCGUCUUCAAGAUGCUCCUAUUGCAGCUUUCCCAUACUUUCUCAAUUCAAGACAGUUUUUGUUAAUGCUUGAUGCCUCUCUACCAGGCGCACCAUUCUUUGAACGGAAACCUGAUGGCUCACUUAAAAAGGAAAUACGCGAAUGGCAAGAGGGGGAUGGCCAGCAACCAUUUCUUGAAAUGAUGGACAUGGACGAUGACUCGGAUGAUGACGAGGAAGAUGAAGAGGAAGACGAAGAAGAAAAUGAGAGGGAAUUUGAUCCUGAUGCUGAGGAAAAGAUACAAAGAAAGAAAGUUGCAUAUGAUGCACGACAUGAAGUAACUUACGAAGUGUUUGCAAAUCACUUUUGGACAAAAAUGAAGAAAAAGAAUUUGGACUAUCAUCCAACAUUGGUGUGGAUGGAAAUUAGGUCUUUUAUUAAAGGCUCCAUAGAAGCACUGCACUCAGAAAAUGGAAAGCUGGAUUUAGAAGAUUACCAGAAAUUAGGCAAGAAGAGGGCACCAAAUUUCACUGGGGAUCGGAAAGAGGUUUAUGAUCUUUACAAAAAAUACGAACACAUGAAGAGGCAACAAUUUUACUUUGAUGAGGCUGAUGUGGUAUUCGACAUCUACAGACGUCUACAGGAUGUGGAGGAACCAGAUUGGGCAAUUCACCAGAUUUAUGUUGAUGAAACACAGGACUUCACCCAAGCCGAGCUUGCCUUACUAAUUCGAUGCUGUAGCGAUCCAAAUGCAAUCUUUCUGACAGGAGACACAGCUCAGAGUAUCAUGCGUGGUGUUGCCUUCCGAUUCAAUGACCUCAAAUCUCUUUUCCACUAUGCUAGCACUUCAAUGAAGGCAUUAGGAAAACAAUCAUCUGUAGCAGUGCCAAAUAAGGUUUAUCAGCUGACACAUAACUAUAGGUCUCAUGCUGGAAUAUUGGAGUUGGCAGCCAGCGUAGUGGAUCUCCUUCUCUUCUUCUUUCCGAGUUCAUUUGAUCGACUUAAGCGUGAUCAAGGAUUGUUUGAUGGGCCUAAACCAGUAUUACUGGAUUCUUGUAGCACCAGUGAUCUUGCUUUGAUUCUUCGGGGAAACAAACGGAAGACAUCUGAAAUAGAGUUUGGCGCUCAUCAGGUUAUUCUUGUUGCAAAUGAUCAGGCAAAGGAACAGUUGCCAGAAGAACUCAGUCUUGCUUUGUGUCUGACAAUAUUUGAGGCCAAAGGUUUAGAAUUUGAUGAUGUCAUGAUCUAUAACUUCUUUAAAGAUUCCCCGGCUAGAGAGGAAUGGAGAGUCGUUCAGGAACACCUUAAAGACAUACAGAAUCAGACCAUAGACAUCAACAGCAAUACAUCAAGUUUGUUUGAGCUCGACAUAGAUGUUAUGAAUUCAGCUGAACAACCCCGAAGACUUUCAUUUGAUCCUGAUAAACACAAGGUGUUAAAUUCAGAGCUAAAGUACUUGUACACGGCAAUCAGUCGUGCUCGUGUGAAUGUCUGGAUCUUUGACGAAGACACUGACAACCGUAGACCAAUGUUUCAGUACUUCAAAGCUAGAAAACUAGUAAGCGUUCUUGAGGCAGAGCUUGAUAUAUCAGAGCAGAGUAAAUCCCUUGAUGUUAUGUUCGUUGAGAAGUCAUCAGCAGAAGAUUGGGAAAAACGUGGAGAUUACUUCUAUAAUAAUGGUCUGUGGGAGGUUUCUGUCAAGUGCUACCUGAGAGCAGGAAAUCAUCAGAAGGUGUUAAAAGCUAAAGCAAAUCAUCGAGUAAACGAAGCAGAAAAAAUGAAAGGAACAAACAUGGCAAAGAUGCGUGAAUGGUUUUUGGAGGCAGCCCAUGAUUUCAUGCAAUGUGGAAUGCACAAUGAGGCGGCACGCUGUCUCUUCAACACAAAGGAGUUUGAUCUUUCUGCUCAACUGUUUGAACAAAUUGGUGAUGUUGCUGGAGCUGCCAAGAUCUAUGAGACACGAUUGCAGAGGUAUGUCGAUGCCAGUCGCUGCCAUGAGAAGCUUGGUAACUAUGCAGUGGCAGUGAAGGUCUUGAAACAGAAUAAAGAAUAUGACAAAGCUGCUGAUGUCAUUGAACGUUAUAAACAGAGGAAGUCUGAGGAUGCCUUGCCUGAGAAUGUCAUAGCACCACGGGAUACCAUCGAUACAUGUUGCCAUCUAGCAGCUAAACAUCACUACCAGCAUGGAGCUCUUAACAAAAUGUUAGAAUCGUUGAAUCGAUUACCUAAUGUAGAUGAUCGCAUAACUUUUCUGAAAAGUCGAGGACAGCAUCACUAUGCCGUUGAAAUCCUUAAAAGUGAAGGUAGGCUGAAGGAUGCUGCAAUAAUCUUAAAAUCUACAGGUGACCUUCUUCAGGCCAUCGAGAUUUGUGGUGAAGACCAACAGGAGUUUCGUGCCGAAUGUCACCUUAAAUUAGCAAAACAAAAAGUGCAACAAUUAAGGAAUCUUGAUAUGUCAAAGCCACCUUUGCCACCAAGCAUUAAAUUUUCUGGCAACAUUGAUGAAAAAAAAAAUUCUUCAAAUAAUGCAGAUAACAAAUUUGAAAGUAACACUAUACAUGAAGUGUUUAGCAUGGAUGCCUCUUGUAAUACAGAAAAUAAAUUGUCAGAAAGAGAAAAGAAUGAUAAUACCAAGAAAGUUGAAAUAGAUGAAGAAUUAUCCACAACAUCAGAGGUUAAUGAAAAGCAGAACGAAUGUGGAGACAUGUCUGAAGUAACAUUGCCUUCACCAGAAGUUGCCAGAAAUGGUUCUAAAAUGACAGAGGAUGAUGGUAGUAAUACAACACAAAUUGAUGUCAAGUCCAGCGAAGAUAGUAUUUCAGAUUUUUUUCCAGAUGAAUGGAAAGAAAGAGAAAAUAAUGGUAAUACUAAGAAAGUUGAAAUAGAAGAAGAAUUAUCCACGAGAUCAGAGGUUAAUAAAAAGCAGAACGAAUGUGGAGACAUGUCUCAAGCAACAUUACCUUCACCAGAAAUUACCAGAAAUGGUUCUAAAAAGACAGAGGAUGGUGUUAGUAAUACUACACAAAUUGGUGUCAAAUUCAGCAAAGAUAGUACUUCAGAAAUUUUUCCAGAUGCAUGGGAUGGCAGCACAGUUGGUGAAAAACUUAACUGCUCAGUGGAAGCAAACAUUUCAGUAUGUGAUACAGAAUCAUUAAAAACCAAGUAUCAGGAAUAUGAACUUAAACGUAAGGCACUUGUAACAGAUAUAAAAUAUCAUGCAGAAAAGUCGCUGAUGUUAUUAAAAAUGAGUAAAGAUUCAAAGAAGCAGCUAUUUGGAAGCUGUGAAUUUAUUCUUGGAGAGUUGAAUAGUGAUGUUUCCAUGCUGAGAGAUGCAAAACAGCAUUUUCGUGAGGCUUCAAGUGAUGCUGGUCAAAUGGAAUGCUUUCAUAUGCGUAUAAAACUACAAGAUAACAUACAUUUCAGCAACAUCAUUGACAAUCUUACAAAACUCUAUGACUUCAUUCAAGUUCUAAAGAACUACGAUGGGGCUAAUGAUCAACGGAUAGUCAACUCAGCUGAAAACUUCUAUGACAUAGAUCUUGGAGCUACUCCUCAAACAUCUCCAAAAUUUGGUAAAGAUGAAUUUAAACAGGCACGUGUUGAAGUUGUUCGUAACCAUUGCUUACCUAAGGCUGCAUUGUGGUUCAAAUUAGUCAAAGAAAAACUUGAAAAUACAGAAAUGAAGACAAAGCAGUGCUCAUUAUUUGCUACUGGUAGACCAUGUACAGGGAGCAACAGCAAAUGCGUACACUUUGAUUACAGACGAGAAUCCAUUCUACAGCUGGUGGAAUGCUUUGCGUCAAAGAUCAGGCUUGUACACUGUGCGACCCAAUGGAAAACACUUGCUUUUGACGAGGCAUUUCUAGACAUACAUUCUAUAACAGAUGAGAUCAUUAAGUGGAAAUACCAACCUUGUGUUGAGCUCUACGAGCUGGUUUUUCCGUCUCAUUGUAAUCGACGGAUUUUGACAGAAAAUGAGGCAGCUAUCGGAUUACUUCUUCAAAAAAUUCGCCAAUCACAAGUAAAGCAGAAAAUGACUGAAUGGGUUUUAAAUCUUCGCAAAAAUUUGGAUAAUAGAGAUAGAAACUGUGACUCAAAUGUGUACCUGACUGCUUUAAAUGUUCAUCGUCUUGUUAAAGAGAAGCCAAAUGUAAUAAAGCAAUGGAUGAAAGAGGAUGAAACACAAUGUGCUAAAUAUCAUUCUAGAAAUCCAAAAGCCAGACGUUCCCUUGGAAUGUUUGUUGAUGGUAAUCGUAUGGUCAGCUUUAUGAAUACGCUGUUUGAGUACACAAAUGCCCUCUAUGUUCUUGGUGACCCAAUGAAAGCAAUAGGCAGCUGCAAUAUGUUCUUGGGGUUGAUUGCUAAUCGAUCUGAAACACCUUUAAUUCCAUCCAUCGCUAAUACUGUCACUCUAAUUGAACAUGCUUUUACAGUUGCGUGUUCAGUGAUUGCUAGAGCUCAGAAAUGUGAAGUUUUCCUACCUGCUAGCUACCUUGCUCAGAUUCAGUUUCAUGAAGAGCUAUGUAGAUCAAUACCAAACCGUCGCUAUAGCUUCUACCAAGCAGUAGAUUUUACAGCAAACAUCAGAUAUAACGAAUUACAUGGACAGAUUCGAAACUUUGUGGAUAUGAUGACAUACAGUGGUAAAUAUCCUUACUUUGAUAUUAUUCCUGAUGCAUUUAAGUCAAGGCAAUAUAUUGAAUCUGGAGAAGCAGAGAGAACUCUUGUCUUAGCACUUGUGAUGUUGUGUAAUAGAAAUUUGUUAAAUUUCGAAAGCGCAUUUAAUCUCAGAUGCCACCUAAUGCCUAUUCAAACUGAUCAUCUAUAUCCACCAAGACUAGUCAGAGCUGUUGAGGGUAUUAAAAGUGCAAAAUCAUUGAAAGAUUUAAUGGAUGUUCUCCAAGAAUUAUUGGUGCAGCGGGAAAAAGAAUAUCUUCUGGUGUGUCACUGGAAUUCAGACAGGUCCAGUAGAUAUCAUAAGUUGAUCUAUAAGCAAGUAAAUACCGGAUAUUACAAAGACAUCAGCCUAGGUAGUCUACAAGGAAUGCAUCCAAUUGAUCCAUUUGUAGCACAAGAUACUGCUCUACACCAUGACACAAGAGGAGAUGUAGGUGAAAAUGAAGAUGCUGAACAAAAAGAGUUUGAAAAAGCAGUUGACUUCGAAAACAAAUGCAAGGUGAUUUCAAAUAUACUAACAAAACUGCCAGCCAGACAAAAAAUCUUACCAGAACUGAUGCCUAUUGUAUCUGAGAAGGGGAAGUUAGCAGCUCUUGUCCGUGCACAACUUCAUGAAGACAGUGUUCAAGAAUCUCAAGAGAAGAAUGAAGAGAGUAAGAUAUCUAAACAUUGGAUUGUAAUUAAAAUGAAUGAGACAUCUAAAGUUGAUGAGACAUGGUGCGCAAUUUGCCGUAAAGCUUUGGAUACCAAGGCAGAUGAAGAACACUUGACAAUGGUGCCAUCCAGUCCUAUUGAAGGAGCAGUACCAAAUUACGACAUUCUACAUCGAGAGAUUAGUGUUGAAGAGACAAAAAAUACCCAAAUGGAAGAGCACACCAUAUCCUACGAACAUACUGUAAAGCAAAAGCAAUUUGAUGAGUUCAAGCAAAAAAUCACAACCAAAUUGUUACCAUCACUUAAAGAUACUGAGUCACUGAAUAGACAUCUAGAAAACUGUAGGCAUGCUGACCUGGAAGUUUUCCAUGGGCGUGUUAAGGAAUACGAACGCAAGUUCAUUACAACAGUCAAUGACAUCAUUGAGAAACAUAAAUGGGAAGCGUUUGAAGACAUCUGUCGUGCAUGGAAUAUAUUUGAUAACAGUGUUCAGGAUCUAAAUAAAGGGUCCAUUCGAUUGGAAAAUGAAAGCAAGUCUACUGUUGCUGCAGGUACAAUAAAUAACACAAACCAAAAACUUGAUGAGGUUGCUGAGCAAAUAAGAGAAGAGAAUGAUGACGAAGAAGUACAUCAAACUUUAGAGGUUGUCACAAGGAAAAAAAGUGGAAAAGGAGGUCGACAAAAAAAGGCAAAAAAGAAAAAGAAGAAAUAACAAAUAGACAUGAUAGGUGUCACAGCUAUAGUCAAACUAUUAUAUAUUUUCAUUGUGCAUGCUUUGAAAUUCUUUCCUUAGUUACUGGACAUAAUUAUAGUCAAUUCAAAAAUAGAGUUAAGUGGAUAUUAUAUGUUGUUAAAAUCAAAACAUUAUUUUUUCUGUUUAGUAUAGUACUCUAAAAAAUACUGUACUCAUUUUAAUUUUUAUUACCAGUACAAAUAUGUUGCAUAAGUUAUACUUACCUUGAUUGGAGUUUUAGAAAUUUAGUAGCUUUUGUCACAAUGUGUACGAUCUAAAUCAUUUCACAUCUGGUUUGUGUUAUUUUUAACAUCAAAUCACUAAAAAUAAUAUCAAUAACAAGUGCACUUUAAAAAAGUUAAUGUUCUUGCUCUUCAUAUAUUAUCACCAUAGCUGCUACAAACUUUAUUAACAUUUUGCAAAGUCAUGUUUAGCAGUAUCAAAGAUUACUAUCAAUGUAAUUAAAAAGUAGUGAGUGUCUAUUUUUACAUCAGUAAAGAAUACUGUAUCUAGAAAGAAUGUCUAAUUAUAAUUUGAUGUUAUUGUGUGUAUGGAUUGGAUCUGUCAAUAAUAUCAAAUCAGAAUUAGGAAUUUUAAAACUGGUGUAACAAUAGCCACAGCCCUUAGAAUAACUUUAGUGUAGUUCAUUUAAAUGUAUACGAACAAUUAUUUUUUAAAUUCUAGCAUGGCAAUUUCAGCUGUAGUGUAAUUACAUCAUCGCUAUCAUUGUCCCCCAUCGUCAACAUAUUUAUUGCCAAAAUAUUAUUUUCAUCAUUAUGGUCAUCACUAACAAGAUCUUCAUCAUCUCAAUUAAAAUGUUAUUCACUUAUUAAUUUGAAACAACCAUACUAUUCCAUUAAUAUAACUAUUAUUUCAUAUUUGUUUUAAAGAGUUAUUUUGCUUUGUGCUUCAGGUUGUUAAGACAUUAUUCUGAUUGAAGUAUUUUGUUAUUAAUACUAAUUUUUUUUUUAAAUUAUAAUAUUGGCAAUGCUUAUUAUGUAAAUUCUAAUCUCUUCCAACUUUUUAAACCUGACAUUGAGAUCGGGUAAACCACAUUACCCGCACCAUAACAGCAUUUUCUUUUUUUACUCAAAUAAUUCUUUAGAUUUGAUGCCUACAAUAUUUGACUACAGUAUAUUGGAUAUACAUUAUCAAUGAUACAGAUUGUUAAUGAAGAUAUGAAUAUGCACAAUAUUAUUUAAUGAAGAAUUUUCGGAAGAAUUUCAUAGUGCAAUUUGUCCAUGAAAUGAUGAAUGCAUAUUUGUAUAUUGUGUACAUUUCGUAAAGAACUUCAGUAGGCUAUACUGAUGAUCCAAUGGGCCCCUUCCUGAUGUCAAACCAACUAAAACCAAAUACUGCAGGCACUUGUCCCACUAUCACACGUUGUUUACUGUCGUGUUUUGUAGAACUUUGAACAAUUUGUGGAACGGCCCAUUGAUAUCCAUUUUAUGUCGGAAGUGGCCUACUCUGAAGAGAUAAUAACAACUAUAAAGAUGAAACUGUCUUUUUGAGCCAAAAAUGUGCAUUGUCAAACAGUAUGUGUAACUUGUCUUUGUCUAUGUUUUUCUAUCUGAUGAUACAGUAUUGGAUUAUGGAACAGUACUGAAAUGUUGGGCUUUCAAUUGUAUAUUUUUGGGGAAAUAAAAAGAAAACAUACUAUCUUGUACAAAGAAAAUGUAAAAUUCUUUAAAAAAAAGAAAAAAAAACCUUCAAAAUUUUAUGAUUGCAACUGGUAAAAAUCUUUUUCAAAACAGUAAGUUAAGUCAUUAAGUGUCCUGCUCAAUGUUUUCUGCUCUGACGAUACAUAUUAUUAGGUUAUAUAACAGUACUGAACCUGGGCUUUCUCGAGCAAAUUAAAUACUGUACUCUAUUAUAAAAAGAAAAUUUUAAGAACAAUCCUUAGAAAUUUAGUUCACAUUACUGAAAUGUACUUCUAAAAUGUGCCAAAAUUGUGUGGUGCAAUAGGUACCGCUAGGUAUUGUGUCUUGACUCAAAAUCUACCAAUCGUCGGUUAGCUGGAUCUGUAAUCCUAUGAUGGCUUCCCGGGGACCAUUGUUUGUGUAUGACAUAGCACAGACCAAUUUUAAUCAAAAUAGUUCCUUUAACAGAUACUGUUAAUAAUAGAGAAAAACGUAGACAUACCUUGGGUUUCUUGACAAAUGCAAUGUGAAACUGCUGGAGCCUCGCGUUUCCGACAGUUCAAUGAAUGCCCAGAUCCCUGGCCUACUUUUUGCACCACAUACCAUUGUCAAGUUUUUUUUUUUUCUAUUAGGUUUAUGUAUUAGGAAGUUGGUCUAUUAAUCUCUUCCAUAUAGUUGUUGUUUGAUUAAAUGUUUA